AUAGUGUAAACACUGUACACACUCACACACCUAGAGAGCUCCUGUCAAUUUUCGUCAUUGAAAAGUAAAAAAAAACGUGAGCGAGUGCCGGGCGCUAUUGCACAAUAGAAAUUGUAAUUUUCACACAAAAUAUUUUCGCGAUUUAAAAACACGAACUUACCAAAAUGAUGAGCAACAUUGUCAGAUCAGCAUUACGUGCAUCCACGACGCGAAUGUUCAAUUCAGUUGGACGCCGAGAUUAUGCCCGUACAUUGUGGCACAUGUCGAAGCCGGACAUCUUACCGGGGGCAUCUAAGCUUACACUGAAAAAUCCCAAUAUGACGUGCAACUGCGGCUUUAAUUCCCUGUCUCAUUCCACAGCCGAAAAGGACCUCGUCACUUUCCUCAACGAAGAGAUCUCGGCCGAAAAAUCUACUCAAAAACCCAUUCCAACCGAAAUUGACGGCUUCAAAAUUUCACUGAAUGGUUCCGACGUCGAGCUGACCAAACAAAAUGACAAGGAAAAAAUUAAAGUUUCGUUCAACAUCAAUCACACGGUCGAUACAUCCGAUGAACAGUACGAAGAGAAUCAGUCCGACGAAAAAACGGUGGCUGAUAUGAAAAGUACACCCAACUUUGAAGUGGAUAUCAUUCGUGGAGGAAAAACAUUGUCGUUUACAUGUUCAUUUUUGAAGGGAGUGCCACAAGAAGAAGAAUACGAUGAUGUGUUCGGUAUCGAUGAAGUCACUAUUUUUGAAGGUGAAUGGAAAGACAAGAAUUAUGCCGUUGCCGGUGACAUUCUAGAUGGAUACUUCUACGAUCUGCUAAUGAAUCUACUGGAAGAUAAGGGCAUCAGCAACGAAUUCGUCACGAAAUUGUCCACGAUCAGCACAAACUAUGAACACGCCACUUACGUUGGAUUGCUGGAAGCAAUUUCAAAGUUCACAACCGGUGGAAAGUAAAAACAAUACAUCAGUUUGUGACAGUGGCAUUUAAUAGACUAGUUUUAUAAGUGAACAAAAAUGAAAUCGUCGUUGAACUCAUCAAAUAAAAGGAGAAUUCUUGCAGA